GCAACCCGCCGUUAUGUUGGCAACACAUUGAAAUGACAUAACCUCAGUUUUUUGUUUACUUCAAAUACACAAAAACCGGCCAAAUGUGGAGUUUUUCGUUUGAAUAUAGUAAUCUGUGACGAAACAUGUUUGGAACAAAUCGCAAAGUAUUCGUUUUAAUCUCUUUCGGGUUUUUUGUGCACGGUCUUGUGCUAAAGGCUGCGUUCGACAUCUACUUUUCUAGUCCAAUUGAUAAUGGAAUGACCCCCAUUUUAUCCACAAAUAAACCCCCAGCCAAGCGUCUUGUCCUUUUCGUGGCCGAUGGUUUGCGAGCGGAGGGAAUUUUUGGUGAAAAUCAGACCGAAAAUGCACCGAAUUUGAAUAAAAUAAAACAAACGCGCGGUUCUUGGGGCAUCGCCCACACUCGAGUGCCCACAGAAUCGCGUCCAGGCCAUGUGGCCUUGCUUGGCGGAAUUUACGAAGACCCUUCAGCCCUACUCAAAGGCUGGAAAGUGAACCCUGUUGAUUUUGAUUCCGUGAUUAAUCAGAGCCGGAAUGCGUGGUGCUGGGGCGGUCCCAGCAUCAUUAACAUGUUCAACAAAGAUGAUUUGCCGCACAUUCACUUGCAUUCAUACGACUCGAGUUUAGAAGAUUUUGGUAACAAUAACACAAUUGGGUUAGAUUUGUGGGUGUUUGACGAGGUUAACAGUUUCAUCCAACAACAAAAAACUUGCGAUGUUUGUGAAUUCAAACAAACGGGAAAUUUAUUUUUCCUUCACUUGCUUGGUAUUGAUACAGCGGGACAUGCCUUUAAACCCAACUCUUUAGAAUAUAAGAAAAAUAUCAGAUUUGUUGACGAAAACAUUGUAAAAAUUGAGCACCUGUUUGAGACCAUUUUCCCUGACAAGUCCACAAGUUAUGUGUUCACGGCCGAUCAUGGUAUGACAAACUGGGGCUCACACGGCUCUGGCUCCGACCAUGAAACCACAACCCCCCUAAUUGCCUGGGGGGCCGGUAUCAAAAUUGAGAAAAAACGCAAAGAUGUGCAACAAAUCGAUAUCGCGCCGUUAUUAUCGGCACUUAUCGGAAUUAAUUACCCCAUUAAUUCAUUGGGACGCUUGCCGGUUGAUUACCUCGCCACCUCAUUAGAUAAUUUGGCGCAGAUGAUGAUUUCAAAUGUCUUACAACUAGUAGAGACUUUUAAUAUUAAAAGAAACAGACGGAUGCGAAACGCGAUUCGGUUUGUGCCCUUUCAAGGGGUCACAACGCAAGAGCUUGAGUCGAGAAUUGCGCAUCUGAAACAUUUGUCAAGUCUGCAACAGUUUGACUCACUUAAAACUGAGUCAGAGAAAUUGAUUGAAUUCCUAAUUGAGGGUUCCGAUUAUUAUCACAAUUACUACCAACUUCCGAUUUUAGUUUCCAUAACUGUGGGGAUUGUUGCUUGGAUUGUUUAUUUAGCGACGUUUAAUGUCAGGGUUUCUCAAAAUACCUCACGUCGAAAAAUAACUAUUUACUUCGAAGUAUUGGUUUUUGUUCCACUGUACUUAAACGUCUUAUAUUUAUUGAUAAUUCAGUCGCUUCCGCUGAUGUAUUACGUUUAUUUCAUGUUUCCCAUUUUCAUGGUUCAGAUUUUGGUACGUCGUCACGUUUUCAUUUCCGAGGCUUUGAGACAAGUAAAAAGUUCGGGUUUUCGAGCGGCUUUGGGCCAAUUUGUUGUCUACUUAAUUGGACUAAGAUUAUUAGUGCAAGGAUUUCAUAAUCGCAAAUCGCUAAGUAUCGUAAUGUAUUUAGUACUAGUUUCCGUUUUUUACUCCAAAUCGUUACGUCACACUAGUCGCUACCAGAAAACACUUUGGACUAUUUGUUGCGUUAGUGUUUCACUUUUCCCGUUUCUUCCUGAAAUGACAACAACGUUCAAUACUACCAGCUAUCUUCUUGGAUAUAUUUUAUGGUGUAUGGCUGCAUGCAAAUUAAUUAGUUGCCAAAAAUCGAGCAAAGUGAUUAGUGUGCAAUUUGGAAUGGUGGUCUUGACCCCGCUUUACACUUUGUCGGUGGAAAAAGGCUUGGUCACGUCAGAUUCGCCCCUUAAAAAUUUCGCACUUAUUUGGUCGUUGGCCCCAAUUGUUGCGAUAUUGUUUUCACCGAUUCAAAUUUUUUCCCGCCUUUGCAGUAUUUUUAUUGGGUUUGGUACCUUCUACCUGAUGGUGACGUCCAAUUACGAGAAUUUGUUCUUGUUUUUUUACGUGUGUCUACUUUACGUUUGGCUGAUUUUGGAAAGUCGAUUGGAUUAUAAAAAUCUGGGGGAAGCCACGUUUGAGAGGCGUUUUGAGGGAAAUACGUCACAGUCAAGUGAUGAUUUUCGCCGAGCGUUUUUCUUCGUUGUUUUGAUUUUUAUAGGAUUUUUCGGGACUGGGAACAUAGCAAGUUUGAACUCGUUUGAUCCAAUGUGGGUUCGUUGUUUCCUGACGAUUUUUAGUCCAUUUAAAAUGGCAGGACUGAUACUUUUAAGGAUAAUUGUACCUUUUUUAUUUACUAGCUGUGCCUACAGAGCUGUGAACUUAUUGUGUAAAAGUAAUACGCUUAAUAUGUUUUGUAUAGUAUUGAUGUUUUCUGAUUUAAUGUUACUUGAACUGCUGUAUUAUAUCACAAAUAUAGGGUCCUGGUUAGAGAUAGGCAUGAGUCUGUCAAAGUUUAUUAUAAUGGAAGCUUUCGUUAUAAUUAUCUUAAUUUUGUACGGAUUUGCUUAUUUAUUGACUUCUGUUAAAGUGAAAUUGUAAAAACCGAAAUAAAUUUUUUCUAUUAA